CAGAAUUUCUCGUGUGUCCUAAGAGGAUAUAUCUGACCUUCCCAAACCAAAUUCCAAACUACUGCCAAGUACCACUUGCUCAAACUAAGCCAUGGCCGCAGCCCAGUACCUCCUCCUCCAGCUUCCUCUCUUCCUCUUCCUCCUGAUCCUUCUCAACCCUUUGAUAACCGUUUAUGGUGUCGGUAUAAACUACGGUACCCUCGGAAACAACCUCCCCUCACCCAAGAAAGUAGCCCAGCUCCUCCAAUCUACCCUCAUUGACAAGGUCAAAAUCUAUGACACCAACCCUGAGAUCCUCCAAGCCUUUUCAAACACAGGCAUCGACCUCAUCGUUGCUGUCGAGAACUACCACGUGGCUAACAUCAGCUCCGACGUGUCCACCGCAGACGAGUGGCUUGCCUCCCGUGUCGUGCCCUUCAUCCCGGCUACUUCCAUAGUCGCCAUUUGCGUUGGUAACGAGUACUUAACCACGGACGAUGAGAAGCUCGAACCUAAGAAGUUGUUCCAAGCCAUGCAGAACGUGCAUGCAGUGCUAGUGGCGAGGGGGCUGGACCGCAAAAUCAAGGUCACUACCCCACAUAGCAUGGCUGUUCUUGCUUCUUCGUUUCCUCCCUCUGGUUCUACUUUUGCCUUGAAUCUCAUGCCAACGAUGACCUCCAUAGUUGGCUUCCUAGCUGACACGGGUGCACCCUUUAUGGUCAAUGCUUACCCAUAUUUCGCGUACCGGGACAACCCUGGAACGAUCAGUUUGGAGUAUGCAUUGCUAGGAAACGCAACCCACGGCGUCCGUGACCCUAAAGGUUAUGUUUACGGAAACAUGCUGGAUGCACAAAUUGAUGCUAUUAGGUCAGCCAUCACUGCUUUAGGGUUUGGAAACCGGACGAUUGAGAUUACGGUAUCGGAAUCCGGGUGGCCGUCUAAGGGUGACCACGGCGAUAUAGCGGCCACACCACAAAAUGCAAAGACUUACAACACUAGGUUGAUAGAACGUGCCCAAUCUUAUAGAGGGACACCCAUGAAGCCUAAAGACAAGAUUGAGAUCUUUGUGUUUGCUUUGUUCAAUGAGAACAAAAAAGAAGGGAGUGUGAGUGAGAGAAAUUUUGGGAUCUUUAAUGGGGAUGGAUCUAAGGUAUACGAAGUGGACCUGAGCUGCCAGUUUUGUAGCAACGGAGGGACAUUUGGGUUUGGUGAGAAAGUUUCUGGUGGAGGAGCCAGAGGUCCAUCGGUCUGGUGCAUUGCCAAGCCGCAUGCUGAUGAGAAGGUACUUCAAGCUGUGCUGGAUUUUUGCUGUGGGCCUGGUGGUGUGGACUGCAGGGAGAUUUAUGAGAGUGGAGAUUGCUUUGAGCCUAACAAGCUUCUUGCACAUGCGUCAUAUGCCAUGAACAAUUAUUAUCAGAUGCAUGGAAGGAACUACUGGAACUGUGACUUCAAGGGCACUGGGCUUGUAACCUUUAGUGAUCCAAGUUAUGGAACAUGCCGGUAUCCUCAACAGUGAUUCAAAGGCCAAGGAAUAACACAGGUGUUAAUGUGGUUGACAGCUUUUGUUAUUGUUUGAUUGCUGGUACUAUCAGUUAAAGAUGUGAAAUAUGUUAAAUGAUCAGCAGGAAUAUCAAUUGCCUUGAUUUAGUGAUCA